AUGAGAAAAGAAGGAAUUAAUUCAAGAGAUGUAGCUGACGAAGAGACUUCGGUUGAAUCGACUAGCAAUCAUAGUUUGGAAAAUGGUACCUAGUAUUAGAAUGCUAAAAAUAAGCAGUACUCUCUAUUAGAAGAGAAAUAGACUGUUUAUAAGUGGUUUUGGUUUGAUAAAUAUCUUUUGGCAAUGGGAGUUAGUGCUAUGGUUUUAUCUCAAGUUUAUUUUAGCUUUGCCAUCUAAAAAAUAAACAAAGAAGAAAGAAAAAUAGAAUAUGUAACAGAAGGUUUUAUGGGUUUUGAAAAGGAUAAUUCAGAUUCUUAGUGGAGAGCUUACAGCGAAAAUAUUGGAUUGAUGGUAAUUGCAAUUAUCAUUUUUUGUCUACUUUCAUAAUCUGUUAGGAAAAUCUUCGGAUCUGCUUUCGCCUAGCAUAAUUUUUAUAUAUUUUUUGGUGUUCCUUAUUUGAUUUUCUUAUUCAGAGGUAAUUUCUUAUUUUGGCUAUUCUUUACAAGCAUAAACUACUUGCUCAUCGAAGUUUUCUACAAAUAUUCCUAUUUUCCAAUCUUGAUCUGGACUGUUAACCUAAUUACUAUUUACACGAAUGACACUUAUCAUGGAUAUAAUUUAGUUUCUUUCUUCCAUCUCCCUGCUUUGCAAUACUUAUAAGAUACAACAAAAGAUUAGCUUGUAGGCUGGCAUUCUGUUUUCAAUAUGACAAUUUUAAGAAUGAUUUCUUUUGGUAUGGAUAAGCAUUGGGCAGUUAAAAACAAGCGUUUUAUAUAGCCAGAUACUCAUUUUAAGAAAUGCAAAUAGUGCUAACCCAAAGAGCCAAAAACUUACUGUCUUAAAUACCGUUAUGAUGAUCCUUCUAGCAUUAAAGAAUUUACAUUGUAGCAUUACUAUAGUUAUUUAGUCUAUACUCCACUAUUUAUAACAGGUCCACCCCUCACAUUUAAUGCCUUUAUCAGUUAAAUCAAUAAUCCUGGAUAAAUCAGAAACUCUGCUUUUAAGUACAGUCUAAGAGCUUUGCUUAGUUUUGUUUGCUUUGAAAUAUGGCUUCAUUUUGACUAUUCAUUCGCUAUUACUACUAAAUCCUAAAAUUCAUGGCUUUGGGAAAGAUUUUCUCCUGCUUUCUUUUUUAUUUGCUCCUUCUCAAGUCUAGUUUUUAUUUGGUUUAAAUUUAACACCAUAUGGAAAAUCGCUAGAGCUUGGGCAAUGUGGGAUAAUAUAGAAGCUCCUGAAAAUAUGAAUAGAUGUGUCUAUAAUAACUAUAAUUUCGAAGGUUUCUGGAGAUCUUGGCAUAGAGGAUUUAACUAAUGGUUAUUGAGAUAUAUUUACUUCCCUCUUGGUGGUUCUAAAACUAAAAUGUGGAAUAUUUGGGUUGUCUUCACUUUUGUUGCUAUCUGGCAUGACCUUAAAUUAAAUCUCCUUUUGUGGGCUUGGGGUAUUUGCAUCUGUUUAAUACCAGAAAUUGGAGUUAAGAAAUACCUCGAAAAACCAAAAUUCAAGAAGUAUACUACUUCUUUUUGGUGGAAGUAUCUUUGCGGUCUUUGUGCAAGUUUUUACAUCAUAUUUAUGUGCUACACCAAUUUAAUUGGAUUUGGAAUGGGUUGGGAGACUAUAAAUAUGUUCCUUACUAAAAGUUUUUCUACGAUUUCAGGAUUAAUUGAAUUUUUAAUAGUUGUAUUUGUACUAAUCUUCCAAGCCAUUGCUCAAUUUAAGAUAAGAGAGCACGAAGAUGAUCCUGAAAAAGGAUUUUGA